UACGGCAUUAUUCCAACAGUGGGCGGGGUAAAGCCGUGUCAGAUCCCUUUUGGUGAGGCGCAGUCAUGGCUCUUCGCUGUAUGCUGGGACUGUCUCUAGGGAGAAGGUUCCCGUUGAGCAGAGCAGUGAGACUUUACAGCAGCGGCCAGAGCAUUGAGGUGGGAGUUCGUGAAGGAUUCCCAGUUCUCUCUCUUCCUCUCCCGUCUCGGAAUGAGACUUGUGACUUUGUCCUCAGACCAUUCCUCCAGACCGUGGCCCACGUCACCUCCAGUAUCAGGAAUGAAGACCCCGGAAUUGAGAGAGUUGUUCUCUAUUCACCAGACGGGAACAGAAUCUCUAGUUCCACUGGAGUCGACCUUCUGCUGCAGUCCGACUUUCAUCUCCAUGUGAACGACCUCAAAUACCACAUCAAAAUUCCAACCGACAUGGUCAGUGGAAUGUUGGAUGGAGAGAAAAGUCUGUCUGACGUGAGGAAUGUCAUUCAUAAACUCUACACUUCUCUCAAUGUGGACAGACAUCAGCUAUCAAAGGAGAGAGAGCUCCGAGGCCAGCUGGAGGCUCUGGCGUCAGAGCUGGCUCCACUGGAAACCCAGAGACAGCAGCUGGCUCAGAGGUCUGAGAGAGAAGAACCAAUGGCGGGUAAACUGACUAUAAUCAUACUAGAACAAAUGUUGGCGAGCGAGUGCAAGUAUUUGCGUGAACUAGAACAACGUUAAAUGUUUCACGCGUAAUUAGGAAGUACGGUAUGUGCAUACAUAUAAUAUCUGGAUGACUAGGUAGGC